AUGGCGCCCAUGCUCCAAUCUGACGCCGUCGACACCGACGCGUCGAUGUCGGAUGCGCCCCCUCAUACCAAUUCCGGGAGAAUGGAUGUCGAUGAGACGCCCGACUACACUGACUCUGAUACCAACCCCAACACCACAGCUAGCAGCGUUGCUGGUGAGCCCAUCGGCGAUGGUAGGAAGCGCAGAUCAGAGGCCACGGCUCUGCGCCGCAGCAUUUUCGGCAAAAAACACGAUCGUUUGGGCGAAUCAAAGGAAGACGACACGAUCCGACGUUUCCGGUAUCUUCUUGGCCUAACCGAUCUCUUUCGCCACUUCAUCGAGACGAACCCUAAUCCCAAGAUCCGCGAAAUCAUGGCCGAAAUCGAUCGACAGAACGAGGAAGCCACGCGUACAAAGAAGUCUGGCGCCAGACAAGGUGGCGCUACUAGCGAGAGACGACGUCGUACUGAAGCCGAAGAAGAUGCUGAGCUUCUCAAAGACGAAAAGCACGGCGGUUCAGCCGAGACCGUCUUUCGGGAUUCCCCUGGCUUCAUUCAAGGUCAAAUGCGCGACUAUCAGGUUGCUGGCUUGAACUGGCUCAUAUCAUUACAUGAAAAUGGUAUUUCUGGGAUCCUAGCCGAUGAAAUGGGUCUCGGCAAGACGCUGCAAACGAUCUCUUUCCUCGGCUACCUUCGCCACAUUGUCGACAUCACAGGCCCUCAUCUAGUCAUUGUGCCCAAGUCCACCCUCGACAACUGGAAGCGAGAAUUCACCAGGUGGACACCAGAAGUCAAUGUCCUUGUUCUCCAAGGUGCCAAAGAUGAGCGUCAUGAGCUCAUCAACAGUCGCCUGGUCGACGAAAAAUUCGACGUCUGUAUCACGAGUUAUGAAAUGGUGCUGCGCGAGAAGUCGCACCUUAAAAAGUUUGCUUGGGAGUACAUUAUCAUCGAUGAGGCUCAUCGUAUCAAGAACGAAGAAUCAUCACUGUCCCAAGUUAUUCGACUUUUUACAUCGCGAAACCGCCUGCUGAUUACUGGCACACCCCUACAGAACAACUUGCAUGAGCUCUGGGCGCUCCUCAACUUCCUUCUGCCCGAUGUGUUUGGUGAUUCAGAAGCUUUUGAUCAAUGGUUCUCCGGUGAGGACCGUGAUCAAGACACUGUCGUGCAGCAGCUGCACCGUGUUCUUCGACCUUUCUUACUGCGACGUGUCAAGAGUGAUGUCGAGAAGAGUCUUCUGCCCAAGAAAGAGGUUAAUCUCUAUCUCGGCAUGUCCGAUAUGCAGAUCAAAUGGUACCAAAAGAUUCUCGAAAAGGAUAUUGACGCCGUCAAUGGCGCCGGCGGCAAACGGGAAUCCAAGACGAGGUUGCUUAACAUCGUAAUGCAGCUGCGAAAAUGCUGCAACCACCCUUAUCUCUUUGAGGGUGCCGAGCCCGGUCCUCCCUACACUACCGAUGAACACUUGGUCUAUAACGCCGGCAAGAUGAAGGUCCUUGACAGGCUCUUGAAGCGUCUUCAGAGCCAGGGCAGCAGAGUUCUCAUCUUCUCUCAAAUGAGUAGAUUACUGGAUAUUCUCGAGGAUUACUGUGUAUUCAGAGAAUACAAGUACUGCCGUAUCGAUGGCAGCACGGCUCACGAGGACCGUAUUGCUGCUAUUGACGAGUACAACAAACCCGGUUCCGAGAAGUUCGUUUUCUUGCUCACAACCAGAGCCGGUGGCCUCGGAAUCAAUCUGACGACUGCCGAUAUUGUUAUCCUAUACGAUAGUGAUUGGAAUCCACAAGCCGAUCUGCAAGCGAUGGAUCGUGCACAUCGUAUUGGUCAGACAAAACAAGUGGUCGUCUAUCGGUUUGUAACAGAUAACGCCAUUGAGGAAAAGGUUUUAGAGAGAGCGGCGCAGAAGCUCCGCCUCGAUCAGCUUGUCAUUCAGCAGGGCCGUGCCCAACAGGGUGCCAAGGCGGCAGCCAACAAGGAUGAACUCUUGUCCAUGAUUCAACACGGUGCAGAGUCAGUCUUCCAAGCCAAGGGCUCAACUGGCGACACCGAUGACCUUAACGAGGACGAGAUCGAUGCUAUUCUCAACAAGGGUGAGUCUCGUACCAAAGAGCUCAAUGCCAAGUACGAGAAGCUCGGUCUCGAUGACCUGCAGAAGUUCUCUUCAGAGUCUGCCUAUGAAUGGAAUGGUGAAAAUUUUGCCAAUACCAAGAAGGACAUUGGCAUGACCUGGAUCAAUCCCGCGAAGCGAGAGAGAAAGGAACAAUCGUACUCGAUGGACAAAUACUUUCGACAGGCCAUGUAUCCCAACCCCAAGAAUGACGGCAAACCCAAGGCGCCCAGAGCGCCCAAGCAGAUCCCGGUUCAUGACUACCAGUUCUACCCUCCCAGACUCCAAGAACUCCAAGAGCGCGAGACGGCCUAUUAUAGAAAAGAGAUUGGCUACAAGGUCGUCCUGCCCGAUGGCGAGGAAGAGACUCUUUCUGAUCGUGAGGCUGAGCGGGCGUUAGAUCAGCAAGAAAUCGACAAUGCCACGCCUUUGACCGAGGAAGAGCGCGAGGAGAAGGAAGAAUUAUCAACGCAAGGCUUUGGAAACUGGAGCAAGCGAGACUUUCAACAGUUCAUCAACGGCUCCGGCAAGUUUGGUCGCAAUGACUACAAUGGAAUCGCCACCGAAAUCGGCAGCAAGACAGCCCCGGAAAUCAAGGAAUACGCCAAGGUGUUUUGGCAACGAUACACGGAAAUAGCCGACUACAGCAAGCACAUCAAGGUCAUUGAGGACGGUGAGGAGCGCACCCGCCGCAUUGAGCAGCAACGCAAGCUCCUCCGGAAGAAGAUGCAGCAGUACCGUGUACCGCUGCAGCAACUCAAGAUCAAUUACUCCGUGUCGACGACUAACAAGAAGGUGUACACUGAGGAAGAGGACCGCUUCCUGCUGGUGCUUCUGGACAAGUACGGCAUUGACUCUGACGGCCUGUACGAGAAGAUGCGCGACGACAUUCGCGAGUCGCCCCUAUUCCGCUUCGACUGGUUCUUCCUCAGCCGCACGCCCGUCGAGCUGUCACGUCGCUGCACGACCCUCAUCACGACCAUUGUCAAGGAGUUUGAAGACUCGGGGCGCGGUGCCAACGGUUCUGGCAGCAAGGCUAAGCGUGAGCCGGAAGACGAGAAUGAUGAGGAUAGUAUCCUAGGGAUGCCGGCGAAGAAGAAGUCUAAGAAUGGAGUCAAGAAUAAGGCACUAGACAAUGUCAAGUCCAAGUCUGGCAAGGGCAGCAAGGCCAGCUCUGCCGCGCCAUCCCGUGCGUCUAGUGUUGCAUCCAGCAAUUCCAACGCUGGCAAGAAGAAGAAAUCCAGGAAAUAG